AUGGGGAGAAACAGAUCGCAAAAGAUACCAGUGCCACACAAAACAAAGUUGAAGAAGGAUCCAGGAGUACCAAGACUUCCUGAUCUUAAAGUGAAGAAAGCCGAAAAGGAACGGGCACAACCCAAAGUCUUUCAUGCUCAAUUUGAUCCAGAUGCUGUAAUGGCCUCGGAGCCUACUCUCUCCACCCUCGCCAUGAUGGCAGAGUCAUCUGCAUCGGCGCACGCAUCGACGUCUCAAGACCCCAGCGAUCCCCACGCCACCAGUAGCAAGACAAAAGAACAGGCGCGAAAACAUUACCUCCGCACGUUACACAAGGUCGUGGAUGACAGCGACAUCGUGAUACUUGUUCUGGAUGCCCGCGAUCCGGAAGGUUGUCGAAGCCGCUUAGUAGAGGAAGAGGUCAGACGGCGCGAAGCAGAGGGCAAGAAGCUGGUCUUCGUUUUGAAUAAAGUCGACUUGGUUCCCAAGUCAAAUGCACAGCAGUGGCUCAAAUACUUGCGACACUCCACGCCUACCCUUCCUUUCCUCUCGCCCUCGUCGGCACAACAUCAACGAACCAACAUAUCAUCCGCCACCGCUCCUGCGCUCGUAAAACUGCUGAAGGCCUACAAGCCUAAAGCUGGAAGCGUGACGGUCGGCGUCGUUGGCUAUCCAAACGUCGGCAAAAGUAGCUUGAUCAAUGCUUUGAAGCGUAGUAAGGUGUGCGCAGUAGCCGCCCAAGCUGGUCAUACGAGAGAGCUACAAUCUGUGCAACUUGAGCGGGGCAUAAGAAUUAUAGAUUCCCCAGGUGUUGUCUUCGAUGACGAUGACCAAGCUGUAGACGGAAAGAGCAUGAAAAAGGGGAGUGUUUUACUCCGUAAUGUCGUAAAAGUGGAAGACGUCGACGAUCCCAUCGAAGUCGUGGAGGAAAUUCUGUCUCGCACCCCUCCGGCGACUCUUCAAAAGCUAUAUAGUCUCCCAGAGUUCUCAUCUACCCUAGAAUUCUUGACCAUGAUGGCGUUAAGUAGCGGUAGGCUGCUGAAGGGGGGUACGCCCGAUAUCCUAGGGGCCGCGCGCCACGUACUCCAGGAUUGGAACCACCAAAAGAUUCCGUAUUACAGCGAGCCUCCCACCGUCCAUCCCUCUCAGAUACCUUCCGUCCUCGCCUCAUCAUCGUCUGCUGCCCCCACCAUCGCAGCUGGUGCCGAAAACGUUGGCCAAGCCAAGAUCCUGACGGAGUACUCGAAGCCGUUCGAGCUGGAAGGCUUCUUUGGAGCAGCUGAUGCGGGGGCCUUUGAUGACGUGAAGAUGGAUGAAGAUGGUGAUGUAUGGUUUGAUGCAGAGGAAGGCAUGGAUGAGGACCAACCAAUCGCUCAGGACUCGUCGCCAAAUAAAUCCCUUAAACGAUCUCGAUCGCCCUCGCCGCAGGCUGACACCCCUUUCAUAGAACCGUCCUCUCUACCAAACGGUAAGGACACUGAAAGAUAUCAAAGACAACCUAAACGCCAGCGACGGAACAAGGACGUUCCGGAGUACGACGCCCCUCCCGAUGAUCACAUCCUGCAGCGCAUGGCUAAGAGUAAUCCGUUGAACCGAAGAAUGCUGAAGCAGGAAAAGAAGAGGGCUAGGAGAGCGAUGAGAGUGAAACAAAGUGCUGGAGAUGCGGGUGUUAUGGACGUUGAUGAUGACGGUUUGGCCUUUACUUUCAUGGUAGCAUGCCGUCGACCCGUGCUCGAUAGGUUUCUUUCCUUCACGGUCGGUCUUACGCGGCGACAUGCAGCAACGGCCGCUGCACUGAAGGACACACCGGUUGAGGAAGAACUCGAGGCGAAUCACCCCCAAUACACUCUUAGCGACCAGGAUGUCAAGCGGCUUCGGUUCCAGCGAAACAUCGGUGUUUCGGCGCACAUUGACUCUGGCAAAACUACGCUAACGGAGCGGAUACUGUACUACACCGGACGUAUUCGUGAGAUACACGAAGUACGGGGGCGUGAUGCUGUUGGGGCAAAGAUGGACAGCAUGGAACUCGAGAAGGAGAAGGGUAUUACCAUCCAAAGUGCUGCGACGUUCUGUGACUGGGAAGCAACGAACCUAACGUCAGGAGGAAAACAAAAGUACGCCGUUAAUAUUAUUGAUACCCCCGGCCAUGUGGAUUUUACUAUAGAGGUUGAACGCGCUUUACGGGUUCUGGACGGUGCUAUCCUGGUCUUGUGUGCUGUUGCUGGUGUCCAAAGUCAAACUACGACCGUCGAUCGCCAAAUGAGACGUUAUAAUGUUCCCCGGAUAUCUUUCAUCAACAAAAUGGAUAGACCUGGCGCCAAUCCGUGGCGGAUUGUGAACCAGAUACGUACAAAGCUUCGUAUACCUGCUGCGGCCGUUCAGGUCCCUAUUGGUGUCGAGGAUGAAUUUAAGGGCGUGGUUGAUUUGGUCGCAUGGAAAGCUAUCUACAACCAAGGUGUCAAGGGCAUUGACGUCGUCGUCUCCGACGAGAUUCCCGAGUCUGUUCUGGAAUUGGCUACUUCGAAGCGUAACGAACUCAUCGAGCAACUGGCCGAAGUUGACGACACCAUCGGCGAGAUCUUCCUCAACGAUGAAGUUCCGACAAACCAGGAUAUUGCUGCCGCCAUUCGCCGUUCUACUAUCAACCUCAAGUUCUCUCCGGUUUUCAUGGGCUCUGCUAUCAAGAACACGGCUGUCCAACCGUUGCUCGAUGGUGUCUGCGCGUAUCUGCCUGACCCAUCUGAGAGUGAGGUUGUAGCGCACGACACCAAACUCCCCCCAUCAGCACCACUCGUUCCAUUGUACCCGGCCUCGGCCGCUCCGCUCGUCGCCCUUGCUUUCAAACUGGAGGAAGGUCGCUUUGGGCAGCUGACCUACAUGAGGGUUUAUCAAGGAAGUAUGAAGAAGACGAACACUAUUUACAAUACUCGCACCGGCAAGAAGGUUCGCCUCUCCAGGCUUGUGCGCAUGCAUAGUAAUGAGAUGGAGGAUAUUGAAUCCAUUGGCCCUGGUGAAAUUUGCGCUAUCUUCGGUGUCGAAUGCUCGUCGGGAGAUACUUUCACCGACGGUACCACGAGCUUCUCCAUGACGUCUAUGUUUGUUCCGGAGCCAGUCAUUUCGUUGGCUAUCAAGGCUAACGGAAUCGAGACACCCAACUUCUCCCGAGCUCUUAACAGAUUCCAGAAGGAAGAUCCUACCUUCCGCGUCCAUAUGGAUGCCGAGAGCAAAGAGACCAUCAUCUCCGGAAUGGGUGAGCUACACUUGGAGAUUUACGUUGAGCGAAUGCGACGGGAAUACAACGUUGAUUGCACCACUGGAAAGCCUCGUGUAGCCUUCAGAGAGACCAUCACACAGCGCGCCGACUUCAGCUACACUCACAAGAAGCAGACUGGUGGUGCUGGGCAAUUCGCCAAGAUCAUGGGUUACAUCGAGCCCAUGGAGCCCGAUCCUGAGACAGGAAAGGACGUUGCAUUCGAGAGCGUCGUUAUGGGCGGUAGCGUUCCAACGAACUUCAUCCCCGCUGUAGAGAAGGGUUUCUACACAGCGUUGGAAAAGGGAUCGCUGUCAGGGAAUGCUAUCAGUGGCUGUCGAUUGGUGCUGCAAGAUGGUGGUUUCCACGUUGUGGAUUCCUCUGAAUUGGCUUUCCGUCUUGCGACCAUUGGUGCCUUCCGUGAGGUAUACAAUAGUGCGAAACCAGUGAUUCUGGAACCCAUCAUGACGGUCGAGGUUGUCGCCCCUGUUGAAUUCCAGAGUGCGGUUAUCGGCGGUCUCAAUGGACGCAGAGGCACGAUUAUGGACAGCGAAGUCCGUGAUGAGGAAUUUGUUUGUACCGCGGAAGUUGCACUGAAUGAUAUGUUUGGUUAUUCGAACCAACUUCGUGGCUCAACUCAAGGAAAAGGUGAAUUCAGCAUGGAAUACAAGAACCAUAUGCCCGUCCUUCCCAACCUACAAAAGGAACUCGAAGAGGCUUACCGCAAGACUCUGCCAUCUUCAAAGAAAUAG